AUGAUCCUUUAUCUCAAAGUAAUUAAGAGGCAACAGCUGAUUGAUAAAGUAAUUAAGGAGCGGAUAACUAAGGAUCAGAGGUAUCAACUACUUUUAGUGAAAUAUCUAAUUAUGAUCCAAACUCUGCAGGCGUUCAGCUUCUAAAACGUUUAAGGCAAUAAAAGACUAAUAAGAAUGGAAAAGAAAUCAUACCAUCAUAUCUAAAAGAGGUUAGUCAAAAACAUUAUCUAUAAAACAAACCAAUUUAUAUAGGAUUUUCCUGAUCCUGAUUUACUUCCAGCCAAAGAAUUAAUAGCAUCUUUGCCUUCACAUGUUGAUAGACCACCAGCUGAAAAAUUUGACUCUAUCAUCUUGAAUCUAUAUAAGGAAAUUUAAAAGCAUUUAGGGAGAUUUAAAUCCAGAUAAUAGACUUAAUAAGAAGAAGAGCUAAAAGAAACUCUUAGACAAGACUAGUAGUAUGUAGAGUUAUUUGGAGUGUAGAACUUAUAAAUUUAAAGAGGUCCAUCCAGGACAUAAAAGUAAAAUGAGAAAAAGGUUGAAGCGAAGAUGAGAGAUUCAAUAAUGUCAAGGGCAAAUUAGAACAGCUCUUAAAUGAAUAAAAGUGAUGUACCAAAAGAAAAUUAAGGUCCUGAAACCAGAAAAUUUAUGAUAUCUCUUGAAAGAACUGAUAUGAAAGUAAAAUAGACAUAUGAUGGAGGAUCUGAAAAUUAGAGAGUACCCGUUUUAUUCACAAAGUUCAAUAAGUUACAUUAAAAGGAUGAGCCAUUACUACCAAUACCCCUUGGAUUUUUCAAUGCUCGAAAGCCCUACAUGACUGGUGAUCAUAAAUCAAGGACGAUGUCUGGAGCUUUCCACAGUAGAUUAUCUUCAGCUCCAUUUAUCUAAUAAGUCUAGCAAAGAAUAAAAACUCAUUAGAAUUAAAGACCAUCCUAAAUUAAUCAUAUGAACUCAACUAUUUCACCAAUUGAUUCUCCAAGAAGCAAGCAUAAUAUAUUUGACUAGACUUUAACUAUUUUGAGAAAUUCUUAAGUUAAUCAAUCUCUUGAGUAGCCAACUGGACCUACUGAUAGAAUGAGUGAUUUUUUAAACAAAAAGAAAAUUCCAGGCAUUUUAGAUUAUCUUGAGAGUAAAAUUUAUGAAAGGUCAAAGCAAAGUUAUAUUUCAAUAAUAAACAGUGGUUAAUAAAUCGGAUAAUAUCCUUAUAAGUAAGCCUCAAAUAGGUUAUUUAGUGCCUAAGAAGAUAUGCCACAAGAAAUGGCAUUAGCGUAAAAUUAUUAUUCUUUGGAAUUCGAAGAUGGAAAAAUAGGCAAGAAGCAGCCAUUAGUUGAUCAUAGAAAGAGGAAAUUAUUAAGCAAUCUAUUGAAAAAUGAAAAUUUUGUUAUGAAAAGCAUUCAUAAUUCAAUGAUAGAGAGGAUUAUUCAUGGAGGGUAAACACUCAAGAAGAGAGUUUGA